AUGGAUCGGCUACAUGGCGCCCUGGCCCGUGCGGGGGCGCAGACGCAGCGGGCGCACGCCCGGAAGCCCGCACGCCCGGGCCGCUACCAUUGCAAGGCGUGCAACGUGUGGCUCGCUGGCGACAAGCGGGCUCGUGCUGUCCAUGAGGCUGGUGCCAAGCACCGCGAGGCUGUCGAUGCCCUGCUGCUGCGCCAGCGCAUGGCCGCAAAGGCGAACGCCAAGGCGGCCAAGGCCGACGCCGACAUGCUAGCCGCCAUCGACGCAGAGGCCCGCGCCGCACUCGCCCGCGAUCUCGGCGCUGCUGCCGGACCGGGCCUCGCCGUGCCAAUCGCCCUUUCUGAGCCAGCCGGAGAGCCUACUGCGUGUUCUGAAGGUGUCGAUGCCGGCGCUGAUACCGAUGCUAAUGCCGAUGCCGUGGCCAGUCUUGGAGCGGUAGCCGAUGACGAUACCACCCUGGGAUCGACACAGUGGCUCUCGGUCGAAGAAGGCGAGGCCCGGGUGCUAGCCGGGCGGGCGUGGGACGAGGCGCGUGCUGCUGAAAAGGCCGAGACAGACAUUGCCGCCAUCGAGGCCAACCGCGAUCGGGCGGCCAUGGCCGGUAAGGUCACUGUCGACUCGAUCCGCGCCGCGCAGGCGUCUGUGGACCAGCUUUUGGCCGCCGAUCUUCCGGCACCAGCACCAGCCGCUGCCCCGGUCGUCUUUAAGAAGAAGAAGCGCAAGCGAAAGGCCGCAGCCUCUGUCAUGGGCCCGCCAGCUGCCGCUCCAACCCCGCCAGCUGCCGCUCCAACCCCGCCGCCCGCCACCGUCCUGCCUCCCUCCAAACGUCCCAAGCACGAGUAA